UUGUUAGUAAGCACACCUUUGCCCAAAUUAAACUAUUCCUUUCCUAAUAAACUAUCUUUGCCAGUUUAGCCUCAUAAAGUGGGCGGGGCAGGACCGGGAGCAACCAGCACGUCUGUCACAAGUUUAGACUGAAACGUCACCCUUUUGACCAAUCAGAGACGAGGAAAGAUUUCUAACUUCCGGGUCUCCCACUAACAACCAUGCGGUUCCGGUUCUGUGGGGAUUUGGAUUGCCCCGAUUGGGUGCUGGCCGAAAUCAGUACAUUAGCAAAGAUAUCGAGUGUGAAGAUGAAACUCCUUUGUGCUCAAGUGCUGAAGGAUUUACUGGGUGAGGGUAUAGAUUAUGAAAAAGUAACAAAACUGACUGCAGAUGCAAAGUUUGAGAGUGGAGACAUUAAAGCCAGCAUAGCAGUUCUCAACUUUAUUUUGUCCAGCGCUUCAAAACAUGAUGUCGAUAGUGAAUCUCUGUCCAGUGAACUGCAGCAACUCGGCCUGCCAAAAGGUUUGUGCUUGGCACUUUUUUUUUAACUGCUCAGCGUUUUU